GCCGCACAAGCUUUCAUUCACUACGGAUUUGUCGAGUUAACCUGACUUCUCUGCUGUUUUCAUUCCUCUACGAAUCAUCUACUCGCUCCUGUUUUUUUCUCUUUAAAACCACCGCAUGCGUAAAGUGUUUGUUUGAGCGUACAGUCUCCAGGUGCGCGGACGAUUUCUUUUUGGUAAACUUUUUCUUUUUCUUUUUUCCUUUUUUGCACAACCUACCUGAGUUGUGUCUUCCUCCCUGCACGCCUCCACUCCUCUCCACCAUGGAUUUGGUUUGGAUUGUGGGCUUCGUCGUGAGCGUCUGCGCCUGGUUCGCCUCAGCGGAGCGGCACAGCGUCUACUGGAACAGCACGAACCCAAAGUUUCUAUGGAACAACUACGCUGUGGAGGUGAAGCUCAAUGACUACCUAGACAUCGUCUGCCCCCAUUACCCCGAGGGCGAGGUGCCACUGCUGGACGCCGAGCGAUACGUGCUCUACAUGGUGGAGCGUGAGGACUACGAAUCCUGCAAGCCCCAGUCAUACGACCAGAUGCGUUGGGAGUGUGGACAUCCAUUUGCCCCUCACGCCCCUGAGAAGUUCUCCGAAAAGUUCCAGCGUUUUACUCCGUUUACACUGGGAAAGGAGUUCCGCCAAGGAGAAAGCUACUAUUAUAUCUCCAAACCUUUGCACCACCAUGGACAAGAGUGCCUCAGGCUCAGGGUGGACGUCGUAGCUGCUGAUGGCUCUCAAGAGGCCAGAGUGGCUAAAGGAGGCACAGGUGGGGCUGGAGUCGGAGCUGGGGGUGGAGCUCACAACCCGUCCAACAGACUGCCUGCAGCAGAUGACCCAGUGGUAGUCCUGCCAGAGGUCCAGAAGAGUGUACGGACAAACUCUGCAGUGGCAGCUACAUCCCUCUCAAUCCUCUCAUUGCUGGUCCCAUUUUCAUUACUGCUAUUGUUACACUGAGAGUACAUGAAAGGACUGCUGUUGGCAGACAGUUUUUUUUUUCAGGGACUACAAUGAAGACAGUCCGUGGGGAUGAAACCACUGACUCAAAAAGACAGUUUUUCAUGCCCAGUGCUGGCCACAGGGAGAGAUUUUUUUUUUUUUUUUUUUUUUUUUUUAAGCUUGCAAAGAACGGAUGGACUUGCACAACAUGUGCUGAGUAACUCUGAGCAUUUGAGACGAAAUACAUGUGCUUCGUCUUAUUUUUGAAAAGGUGACAGUAUUUUUUUUUUUUUUUGUUUGUUUUUCUUGGAUAGACCAAGCUCUCCUUGAUUUGUAUUUUUGGGGGUUUUCUCUCCAGAAUACAUGGACCUCCUUGGAUGAUAGCCCUAGAAGAAAAUAUGAAGAAGUGGAAGAGAAACCUAAAGUGGCUGAAGAACAAUCAAGAACAAAGACACCAACUCUGUUUUGAAUUAAAUUGAUAUAAAUUUACAUGGAGUAAAUCCGCAUUUAACGGAAAAAGUCAUCUCUUACCUUUUGAGCCAAAGAUCAGUCAUCUCUCCAACUUGUACACUAUUCCACCCUUGAUUAUUGUGUACUAUUUGUUGUAUUGUUAUCGUAAUGGUAUUGAGUGGCAUUGACGUCCCAAGUGAUUACUUUCUCUAAAUGUAGCAUUGACAAACACGGGGCCUGUUCUCAUCACUACCAUUCCUUCGCAAACUCGACCAUGUGCUUAUAUACUGUAGCACUAAUACUGCACAGUACAGACACACACACACACACACACACACACACACACAUACAGUCCACAUCAGUGUUGCACACAAACACACACACUGACAUCAGAUGCUCUGUAACACAUGAAAACACACACUACAUUGAACUGUGUUACUUGUACAUUCUGUGAAGAUAAUUUAUGACAUUUGCAGCUGAGAAGUUUUACUGUAUAUACCAUGUGCUUAUGAAAGGAAAUGUUGACUGUUGGUGAUGGGGGGGGGGCUUUCUCUCUCUCUCCUGGUAGAGUUAGUACUUGUGUGAAAGGAAAAAUGUGUGUAUUGAAGUGAGAGUAAGAGAAUGCACGCGAGUUAGGGAGUGAUUGAUCGAACGCGUGAUUACACAAACUGUUAUUCUGCCAAAAGCAAACACUGAGUUGUUGUGUGUAUUGCAGGGAGGCUGGACUUCUCUGUUUGUUGAAUCUUGCCCCUGUAUUGGUUAAUCUGUCUGACAAGAAGAACUGGUAUCAUUUCUUUAAAAAAAACAAAAAACAAAAAACAAACAAACUGCACAAUCCACCCUUUUGUAUCAUGGUGCUUUUCUUUCCAUGUUUCAAGUCCCAGGCAGAAAACAAGCAAAUACUUCUUAACAAAAAGUGAAGUAAUCACCUAUUUAGAUGAAUGAUCACAGUUUUGGAUAAUUUGACAAUGUUAUAGUCACCAGUUCACAACAGACAAGACACAGCAUCAGUGCGAGUCGCCAAGCACAUCUUCACCUGACAGGCUGGUUCGAUCAACAAAGCACAACAGUGUAUGACUACCAUUGAAGUCAGUCUUUUUUUUAUCUGAACUCUUGUUACCUGAUUUUGUACAUGUGUAAGUAAGAGAAGUGUAUGAUAUGUACAUAUAUAUAUAGAAGAUUAUAUAAAAGACCUGUUUGAUAAAUAUGCUAAAUGUGAACAUUUCAUGUGAAAUAAAAAAUGAUAUUUUUGGAAAACCAGAA